GAAGCAGGAAGAGAGAGAAGGAGACGCCGUGGAGGCAGCUCGGAAGGACAACGGAGUUCAAUCGCGCCAAUUCGUUUCUAACUGCAGCAGAAGGUUUGUCUGCUGGGAGGGACCCGACAAACAACCAGAAGCCGGACAAGUGCUAAUCUCCUGAAGCUCCACUCCACCAUGGCCUCAGGGAAUGGCAGUGACCCACCAGACAGGUUAGAGAGACCCAGAUCAUCACUGCAAUUUGAAACAGAAGACCAGGUGGCCCAGCAGACAGAGGCAGUGUUCCAGAGCUAUGCUUUCCACCGAUACCAGCAGGAGCUGGAGCAAAAUGAAGCAGAUGUGCCAAUAGAUCCAGAAAUCGCCGCAAUCCAGCAGGAGCCGGGCAGCACCAGCAACCAGGUGGGCAGGCGCCUGGCCUUUAUUGGUGAUGACAUCAACGCACGGUAUGAUAAGGAAUUCUGUGAGAUGCUGGAGUCCCUGCAGCUGACAAGGGACAAUGCCUACGAGUACUUCACCAGAAUAGCCUCCAGUUUGUUUGAUAGUGGCAUAAACUGGGGGCGUGUGAUAGCGCUGCUGGGCUUUGGCUACAGGAUGGCGAUCCAUGUGUACCAGCAGGGGAUGACUGGCUUUCUGAGGAGGAUCACCCGCUUCAUAGCAGACUUCGUGCUUCACAACCACAUUGCCCGGUGGAUUGCCCAGCAAGGAGGAUGGGUGGCAGCAAUGGACUUAAGCAAUGUUUACUUGAAGUACAUGGUGGCUUUGGCAGCGGUGAUCUUGCUGGGCCAAUUUGUGAUAAGUCGCUUCUUCAGGCCAUGACUGAGGGGGAACAUGCUGGUGGCCACGUGCGUGCCAGCUAUUGAUGUGCUGCUCUGUGGUGAUACUUUCAAAGAAAGAAGGAUUCAAGAAACAACCAAAGGAAAAACCCCUUGCAACUGGCAACAUCAUUUUCAAUGUGGCACCGGUAUAUUUAAAGCAGGGAAUCCACAGUGUAGUAUUAAAAGGAAGCAUGGAAGAGGAUUUAUUAUUUCUGGAGGCCACAGGCAGAUUCACAGCAUUGUGUGAAAGGGGGGAGAAGAGCUGUCUCUUCCACGAAGUCUCUAAGAACAGCAAAUCCUUUUCCAGAACAAUCUCAGGGCCAGUUCUAAUAUAACAUUUUGCAGUCCCAUCUCUAUGGAAAUCAGAAGCAUGAUGGGCUGUAUGUGACAUGGUUGCGUGUUCUGCAUAGUUGUGUUAGGAUCACCAGUUUGGUGUAGUGG